CAGUGUGUGUGUCAUGGCCUCAGAUUUGGCCUCACUACUGUUAACAAUGCUGAGUGUUUACAUUUCACAUUCUGGAAGCUAUCAGCGGCUACAAAAACAGUGUGGAAGAAUCUAACCUAACAAAUGACUUUAAAAUUGUCUGAUAGCUUCAUGAGACUGAACUCCCUGUUAAAGCUCGCUUGGUUAAGUCUAUUACUGCAGGGUGCUGGCUGUGCAGCAUAGAUGGAGAUUACAGAGAUAAGACUUUAAUGCCCUCAGACACCUUCCCAGAGCCAAACCCCCUCCUUCUCCUCCUCAACCCCGGUGUUCCCUCCAUCAGAGGCUCAUCCACUCUUUCCCCGGACUCUUGAAGACACAGUGACCUAUCAGCCAGCCACCAUGAAGACCGCUCUGGCGCUGCUGCUGCUUGUCUCUUUGGCCUGCCACAGCCAUGCGCUCAAAUGUCACACAUGCGUGGCGGCCAAUGACGACGACUGCAACCGACAGGGAUCCACCUCUUGUCCUCAGUACGCCGAUGCCUGCUCCACCAUCACUGGACCUAACACCGUGAUGAAGUCGUGCACGUACAAGGCCUUCUGCGACAAGGCUCACGGCAGCAGCUCUGGAGCCAGGAUGGAGUGUUGUUUUGGAGACGACUGCAACGGGCCCCACAGGAGUCACAGCCACGGGGAUCACCACCACAACAGUGCAGGGGCUCUGGCCUCCAGCCCAGUCCUGCUGCUCACAGCCCUGCUGCUGCGUAUGGCCUUCAGUCAGCUCUAAACUCCUCCACCUCUUCUUUCCCUCCAGUGAUUCAUCACCUCCUCUUAUUUGUUAUAUUGUCCAUGCAAGUUUUUAAAAAAAGAGAGAGUUGCAGAGAGUUUUCAUGUGGUUUGACAACAAAAAGGGUGUUAUAAUAAGGUUUCUGCAGGUCUGUCCCACAGAUACGAGCUGCAUUUCAGCAGCUUUCGUUUUCUUUUAGCGUUUUUUUUCAUUCUUUAUUAUCAUCUAACACAUCAAUAGUAACUUAAUUGUAUAUAAUAGUAUCUUCAGUUUCGGAUAAUGUCAAGCUGUGAACCUGUGAUCCUCACAGUGUAUGUGGUGAAUAAAUGUGCAAAAAGUGAGCACCUACUUACAGCGCCGAUGCAGCCAGGGGGGACUCGGGUGUGGUUUCAGUAGGCGUGGGUAGAUGUAGUGCACAGUUUGCUUCACACCAUGGAACCACAUUAUCUGUCGGUGUCAUGGUAACGCAAACAUCUGACAACAAAUGUGUAAAAAUGUCUAAUAAUGAUGUGUUUAGUGUUUUAUUUGCGCACUUGUGUGCAUUGUAAGCUGAAUAAAAAUGCAAUCACACCCUCA